AGAUACAGUAACAAAGAUGGAAGAUGAAACCGAAGUAAGCUGUUCUUGAAAGAAAAUCGUGUAUUUUUUCGCGAAAAGUCUCGAAAAGUUGUAUUAUGUCAAAGGCGAAUGUAAACUAUGUUCGUGUUUUACCACAAGAUAGCAUCAACCGCGUUAUUUUUGAAGCAGAGCAAAAAUUAACAAAAUCCUUGAAAAAAGAACGAAAGCCGACGAAAGCCAAACGAAAACUGAGCGUUCCAAUUUUAAAACAACCGUCAGCUUUCACUGAUGGCAAGGGAAUCCUAUCGCGAAGGCAAAAAAUUUGGGCGGACGCAAAUCCCAACGAACCUCAUGUAGAAAACCCAACUUAUUUGAGAAAUUUGAUUCUUGAUGAAAAAGAGAAAACGACAAAGACGGAAAGUUUCUACGAAGCUCAAGAAGUGCGGGGACUUCCUGAUGUAAAACAUGUUGAGCCCGGUCAUGGCAGUGUGAAAACAACAAGUGUUGUUCAGAAAAUCAGUGAAGGUCGUAAGGAAAGGCACCAUGUGACCAUGGACGAAUUUCACGAAAAACUUGGUGUGAUUAGCUCUGAAAUUGAACCGCGCAUAGUGGAAGCGAGUGAAAUCUUUAAAGAAAGUUUUUUUGCGAAUGACGAAGAACUUUCUAAAGUCACCCAGUUGUAUAGCGAUGAUAAGGAUUUAGUCAAAUACUCGUUAAAAGAUCUGUACAAACUUUGGGAUUGCAUCACGGAAAUUUGUUCAAGUAGAAAAGAAUACGUUACUGAACUCGAAAAGACGUUCCAUGCUAUUGAACAGGAUCGUUAUGAGAUGCUUUGCGAGACAUUUAAAAGCUUCAAUGCAAAGUUGGAACACAUUGCAUUCCUAAUGCCUUCGGAUGUCCAUCGUUUGAUGGAGAGCGAAGCUGAAGAAAUAAACGCGACGAUAAUUUGUAACAGAAAAUCUUACGCAGACCUUAUUGCUACCCUACAUAAAGAUGUCGUCGAACUGGAAAGAAAACAUCACCAUGUUUGGGAGAAACGAUUGAAAACUUGGAAAAAGUUAAAAACAAACGAAGCCAUCGAAGAAUUUGUUGACUAUAUGAACAAUGACGAAGUACGCCAUCCACUGGAAGUGUCGAGAUGUGUGGAGGAGAUGAGGGAAGCUCAAAACUCUCUGAAUGAAAAGCGUUUGGAACUGUUGAAUUCAUUAAGAGAGAUGAAACCGCCCGGAUCGACUAAGGCAGCAGUUUAUCAAUGGAACAACGCACUUGGUCACUUGACUUUACAGAUUGAUAAAACGAACAAAAAGUAUAUGGAGCGUUUACAGAAUGCCUACGAGGAAGUGUUGGAAAAUUGCAACGAAAAACUUGAGAAGACCAAGAGUCGGCUAGAAAAUGAUAACAUUAUCGGUGGCGAGGAACUUAUUGCUAUCCUGAACGAGUCAUUUCUGCCUCUGAUUGGUGAAAAAAAGUCACGUUACGAAUGCGAAAUGGACAUAUUUGAGAAAACGGUCGAGAAUACGGCAAUACAUCAAGAUGAUCUUUUACGCUCGCUGUUCAGGUUCCUUCAAGGAGCUGCGCAUAUCUGGGACACGCAUGAAAUUGGAAUGGCAAGACAAGAACGAGCCUUGCAGGAAAAAUUAGAACAAGAACGACAUCGACAUGAUGCAGCCAACCAGGUCAAAGAAGCCAACCUUGAUAUAAUAAUGGAUAAAAUGCGCCAAGAGUCAAGUCAGGAGGCGUUGGAAAAAAGCUUAAUCAGAGCGCUUUCACUUCUCGAUGAAAUUGAAGAAGGAUAUAAAAUAUUCCACUCGACUCAACUGGAAUGUGUUUGCAAGUAUCCAGACAAAAUAAAAGCUCAAUUGAACAUAUACGAUCGCGAGAUUUGCGCAUUUUUUGCCGUAUACAGAAAUAAACCGCAGCCAAACAAAAAGAGAAGAGCUUCCAUUACACCAGACAGUCCCAGACAAAAUAGAGCAUCUCUGGAGACAUCACCAAAUUCAUUGGAAGAAAUUUUGAAAACAUCCAAUGGAACAACGUUUUACAUCAUAACCUCUCCUGGUGAUUACAGUUUUCCUGUAUCGUCAGCCAGUGUUCGUAGUAUGAAAACAUCAAUGACAUUCUUAACGGACGCUCCAGGUAUGGACGACAAUGGCGAUAUCUACGCGGACAAACUAAUCAUACAAGAUGAACUAAUCUUGGAACUCAGGCAACAGUUACGAGUGCAGUUCUUGGAGUCUUUAGAAAAAUGGAAAAUCGACGCCAUGGAAAGGGCAAACAGCAUUGUGGCGGCAAAGGCCGAGGAGCUUAAUAGCGAACUGGACUUGCGACUUCAUUUGCAUAAACCGCGACCGUCACGUGCUGAGCAGGAUGUCCACAACGUGAGAGCAGCGGAGUUAGUCAUUCAUCAAGAAAGGGUGGAAAGCCAUUCCAAGGGCAUCAGUUGCACUUUAAACGAAUUUCGAAGUCGCUUUCAAACGAUGAUCGAAGAACAUAACGAGCAGACCGUUAAGUUCAAGAAAUCCGUGCAAGAACUGGAGGCAACUUUUACGUCGGCUACGAAAACUCACGAACUGUUGGCUAUUCAAGAUCACGUCAGCGGACAAGUGGAAACAUACAUGAAUGAAAUAAGAAGUUCAUUGCGCAAAUUUCGUCACGAUUUGGAUGGAAUGUUAUCGUCGCUUAGAAACUCCAAUGCAAGAUUCAGAAAGUCUUUUAAAGUGUUUUCAGAAGGAGGUAACUUCUCAUUGGAAGAAGUUGAAGAAUACAGAAAAAAACUGGAACGGUUGGCAAAUAAGAUUGACGUUGCAGAAGGGACAAUUAUGGGUGAACUUGAAGGAAUGGAAUCAAAGCGUUUAGAAGCUGCACUUGAAUACGCUGGCAAGCUAGAAGAUAGAUUCAAGUAUCAUCUCUUUGACUUAACGUUCAUGGAGAAAUUCACGAGGUGGAUAACAAACUCACAAGUUAAGAUAAAAACAGAGGUUUCCCAAAGCAAUGCCCAAUCCAAAAAUCUGAUUACAAGCCUUGGGAAAGUAGAACGGUAUAUCGACGCAGUGAGGAAUCCAAAUUUGGACAAGGAGCAAGUCACGUGUGAUGACGUCGUGGAUGAAUUACGUCAAGUCUUUAGGCAGUUUGUUGAUCGUGCAGUGUACUUGGACUGCUUGCUCGUCGAUCAAGAUGCGUGUUAUGCUGCUCUGAAGGACAGAGAACUACCUUAUGUGGACGAGGAGCAAGAAAGUAAAGGGAAAAAGAGCAGAAAGGAUGGUCGAAGAUCAAGAUCUUUCAGCAAAAGCAUCAGACGAAGCUCACAAACUGAAAAAUCAACCACUCCCUCGAAACUCCCUGUGAUUGAGUCAGAUAAUCAGUCAGCACCAGAUCACACCUCGAACACAAUGCCACCAGACAUGGAGAAACGGACGUCUUCACAACCAACAACCAAGCAAUCGACACAAUCAAUGAGCCAGCGAAACUUUCGCUCCAACACGAUUCGCCGCUCGAGUGUCUUAAAAAAAGAUGCUUUUGCAAAAUAUGAGCGCAAAUAUAUGGUGUUUGGAGAAAAAUUUGACAAAGAACCAAAAACCGACUUCUUGUCUAUAAUCCAGCAAAUUUUGAAAUAUUCCUUAGACGGCUUGCUAACAACUGGAGAAGCCUACUAUCGUCAGAAAGGAACAAGAUUAGCCACACGUUCAACAAUACUGGACAAUUUCGAUGUAUACGCGCAAACGACAGUACUAAGACUAAAAUCGUACAGGACGCAAGCUGAAGAAUACCACAAUUCUUGCAUUCAAGAACUGCGAAGUCAGCUGAAAAGGCUUCAAAUGCUUGCAGUUCAAAUGGCAGAAUUAGCACACCAGACAUUGAAAAGAAGGCAUAUGGAAGAGAAUGAAAUUUACAAGAAAAAAAUGGAGCAGCGCGAAAAAGAGACAGUGGCAUCCUUCGAGAAUCAAAGAAAGGAACACGAACAUAGGUUGCGUCCGGCACUUGGCCAUCCAAAGAAUCGUGAACAACUCGAAGAAUUGAAGGAUGCCGAGAAAGAGCGAAGUGCUUUGAAAUUAAAAGCUUUGAAAGAUUACAUCGAUGAAGUAAAGAGCAAUGCAAUACUACGAGCGAAAACAUUUGUUGAAAAAGUGUCGAGAACCGGUGCAGAAAUGUCACGAUUAUUUGAUGGAUUGGUGACAGUAGAUGACGUAAAGAUUGCAAAAGUUGGGGACAAACCAAAGAGUACCAAACAAAUUUUAUUGGAAAGAGCGAAGCCACCAAAGGACGAGCAAGAGAAAGAGUCAGAGUUCUAUAGCAAACCUGGUGGAAAGUGGGAAGGCAUACCAACAAACGAGCUUCGCUUUUCACCCCAAGAUGUUCUUACUAGGACACCAAGUGUGCUAACUUCCAAAAUAACUGCCGCUCACCACUCAGUUUUUAACGCAAGAGACGAGGCUUACAAGGAUUACAAAGCGCAAUUCUUCGCCCACGUCAACGAAAUCAAUAAUUACGGAGAGAACGCUUCUCACGAAGAAGAAAGAUGGCAGGAAAAAUGGCGCUUUUCGUUACAAAGGAUACAGAACUUACAUUGAAGUAUUUAUUUUUAUUUCUAUUAGUGGUAAAAAUGCGUUAAGUAUUGUUGGACAAGCCCUUAAACAAAUAGCUAUCAUAAAUUUACCUCAAAAGAUUAUUUUUUUGUCAAAUAUUUAUAAUGAUAAUGGACAAUGGUCACCGUCAUAUUUUUUAAAACAAUAUUUGUCAUCGGAAUAAUUCGAAAUUUCGAUAUUGCUCGCCGAAAUGUUUUUUCAAUGCUAAAAUCCGUUGCCUUUUUUUUAUCAAAUCACAGCAAGUGGAUAAAAUUUAUGUGUAAAAAAUACUUAAACAAUUGCCAUAUAAAAA